UACUUCCAAAAUUUCUCAUGUAAACUCUUCAUCUCUGGCUUUAAUUUUUCUUUCUAAGUCCGAAGUUUCGUCUGAAAGAGUUCAGACACUUUCUCCUAUGAAGAGGUAAUUCAGGAAAACUAGAAUCUGAAGGCAAUUAAAAUGUCAGGGAUAACAUUAGCAAUGGCUCCUCGUUCGGAGCCAGAUGAGACGACAUCUUCUGCAAGAAGGGAACGAAAUCAAGCUGUUGUGGGUGUAAUGGGACCGCUUCGAGUCAUCGAGCUACAAUUAGUAGCUUUCAUUAUGGUUUUCUCAGCCAGUGGUCUUGUACCUUUACUUGAUCUAAUAUUUCCAGCUCUGGCAUCCGCAUAUCUUUUGGUUCUUUCGCGAUUCGCCUUCCCAUCACUUGGCACGACCACUUCUACUUCCCCUUCCCCGGAAAUAUUUCAGGGCGGUAGGUUUUUCCGUAUUUACGUGGUUGCUGGGACUACUAUUGGAUUGUUCUUGCCAUUGGCAUAUGUUUUAGGUGGAUUUGCUAGGGGUGAUCAACACGCGGUUCGCUCUGCCACGCCUCACUUGUUCUUGCUAUCUUUUCAAAUUCUAACUGAGAAUAUUAUAAGUGGAUUGCCCCUCUUUUCUCCUCCGGUUCGAGCUCUGGUUCCCCUACUUUAUACAGUUCGGAGGAUCUUUAUCUUGAUCGAUUGGAUACAAGAUGUGUGGAUCAACAAGACUUUGCCCGCGAAUGCACUAUUCAAGGAUGUUACAUGGUAUUGGUUUGGGAAGGGACUAGCAGUGGUUAAUCUGGCUUAUUUUGCAGUCAAUUUGUUUGGUUUCUUGAUUCCACAAUUUCUUCCACGGGCUUUUGAAAGGUACUUCAGGGAGAAGAGUGAGGUUAAUUCAAAGUUGGCUGAAGAUAAGCACUCACAAGCUAUGAACAGGAUAAAGCAAACAGACAAAAGGACAGAUUAAUUAGUCAAUAUGUAUGUGUAGUGGCUUUUUUCCUUCUGAUUUCACUACUAUAAAAGCUAAAUGGAAUUGGAAUUUUUUUGUUUGAAGUUGGAUGUUACACUUGUAUUUGACUUUGUUGUUAACAUGAUAUGAUUGUGUGAAUAUUAUCAUUUGUCGCGACGCUGGAAAGUUACUUUUCCUAGUGUUACUAUUUUGUUCCUGAGAAAUACUAUCCAAGAUUUG